CUCACCUCAACAGUUUUUAAUCUUUUAUUGUCUUGAUAAUAUCAGUGAUUGUGGGUCAAGAGGUCAAACAUUCAAAUGCUGUUUGUUUAUCUGAUUAUGACCCAGAUUCAUUUAUUUGUUCGGGCCAUUCGAAUAUGAAUAUUGUAAUUCCAAUGGACUACUGAAUAAUAAUAAAAACUCUUUGUAGUUGCAUAAUAUUUCCUCUGUUACACUCAUCUACUAAACUAGACCAAACCAGAGCACUGUAGGCGGGUUUAUCAGAUUAAUACAUUAAGUUUGGGGCGGGAGGAUAAAGUUACGGAGACUCAACACCAAUAGCACAAAGUCGCUGCUGUCUGUGUGAAAAUGAGCAGCAGUGGCGUCCGACGCAGGGCUUCAUCAGUGCCGGACUCAGACACAGACAGAGAACCAGCAGUGGCCUUGAAGAAAGAGAUUGGACUCUUCAGUGCGUGUGGUAUUAAUGUGGGUAACAUUAUUGGGUCUGGGAUCUUUGUAAGUCCAAAGGGUGUAUUGGAAAAUGCCAGUUCAGUGGGUCUGGCUCUCAUAGUGUGGGUUCUCGUGGGCGUCAUCACUGCCAUCAGUGCUUUGUGCUAUGCUGAACUGGGCGUCACAAUCCCAAAGUCAGGCGGAGACUAUUCCUAUGUUAAAGACAUUUUUGGAGGUCUAGCUGGGUUUCUAAGGCUGUGGACUGCAGUGUUGGUGGUCUAUCCAACUAGCCAGGCUGUGAUUGCCCUCACAUUUGCCAAUUACGCAUUGCAGCCUCUCUUCCCUUCAUGCUUCCCUCCAGAGAGAGCUCUGGGUCUGCUCGCUGCCGCCUGCCUGUUUAUGCUUUUUGCUAUUAACUGCUUCAGUGUCCGCUGGGCGACACGGGUACAGGAUGUGUUCACGACGGGCAAGCUCCUCGCCCUCUGCCUCAUCAUCAUUAUGGGCAUCGUGCAGAUCUGCAAGGGUCAUUAUUAUUAAGAACAUGCUUUUCACCCUUUCCAGCCUUAUGACAUGGGCCGCAUUGCACUCGCUUUCCUCCAGGGCUCCUUCGCUUAUGCAGGAUGGAACUUUCUUAACUAUGUAACAGAAGAGCUCAUCGACCCCUACAGGAACCUGCCUCACGCAAUCUUCAUCUCAAUCCCUCUGGUCACUUUUGUCUAUGUAUUUGUGAAUAUUGCGUAUGUUACAGCUAUGAGCCCUCAGGAACUGUUGGCCUCCAAUGCUGUUGCCGUGACCUUUGGCGAAAAGCUGUUUGGGAUGAUGAUGUCAUGGAUCAUGCCCAUCUCUGUGGCUCUGUCCACCUUCGGAGGGGUCAAUGGAUCUCUUUUCACGUCAUCUAGGUUGUUCUUUACAGGUGCGAGGGAGGGUCAUCUUCCCCGUCUGUUGGCAAUGAUUCAUGUUAACCGCUGUACACCCAUCCCAGCUUUGCUUUUCACUUGUAUAUCAACUCUGCUGAUGUUGUGCACCAGUGACAUAUACACCCUCAUCAACUAUGUUGGUUUUAACCUGUUUUAUGGGGUCACUGUUACCGGGCAGAUUGUGCUUCGCAUCAAAGAGCCAGACAUGCAUCGGCCAAUCAAGGUGAGCUUGGUGUGGCCAGUAAUUUUCCUGAUUUUCUGGGCAUUCCUGCUGAUCUUCUCACUGUACUUGUCAGGUGUUCCUGUGUAUCUAUUUGGCAUAUAUUGGGAAAACAAGCCCAAGAGCUUCAGUUCUUUUGUUGCUAAACUGACACACUUGGGGCAGAAGCUGUGCAUGGUGGUUUAUCCCGGUGAGGACAGAGAUGGAAAUGAAGACAAAGAGGAAGCUGAAUAGGAUUACAUUAUACAGGAAGUAAAUUUACAGGUUUAUUGAUGGAUAUUCAUUCAACAGCUUAAGCAAUAUGAGUGUGGUAGAUUUUGAAAAUGCAAAACAAACAUCCACACAAAUGUGGAGACUAAUUUAAUAAUUAAAAAAGUAUUUAUUUUCAUUUGUAAGACUGGCCUUAAGAAACAUCCUUAGUGCAAUACUGCCUCCCAUUGGCAAGAUUAUUAGACGCAAUAUCAAUUUUGCUGUUGCCACCGUUACAGAGAAUUUUGUAUUUUUAUAUUGAGCAUAGUUGAUGUUCUCUUGAUCAUUCUCUGGUGUUUGUAUCCCCUGAAUUGUAUUAUCUAUUUUAAAAUGGUUGAAUAAUUGUGGUGAAGAUAAACACAUAUAAUUUG